UGCGCAGGCCGGAAACCCAGCAGGCGGCGAAGAUGGCGGAUAACAGCGGUCGCGCCGGCAAGAGCAGCGGGAGCGGCGCGGGCAAGGGGGCGGUGUCGGCCGAGCAGGUAAUUGCUGGCUUUAACCGCCUUCGGCAAGAACAGAGGGGCCUGGCAUCCAAAGCAGCUGAGCUGGAGAUGGAGUUGAAUGAGCACAGCCUAGUGAUCGAUACACUGAAGGAGGUGGAUGAAACUCGCAAAUGCUACCGCAUGGUUGGAGGAGUGCUGGUGGAGCGGACUGUCAAAGAGGUGCUGCCUGCCCUGGAGAACAAUAAGGAGCAGAUACAGAAGAUCAUUGAGACGCUGACACAGCAGCUUCAAGCGAAGGGAAAAGAACUAAACGAGUUCCGGGAAAAGCACAACAUUCGUCUCAUGGGAGAAGAUGAGAAGCCGGCCGCCAAGGAAAAUUCAGAAGGGUCUGGGGCCAAGGCUGGCUCAGCUGGAGUCUUGGUCUCCUAGGGACCAAGGUCUUCGCAUUUUUUUCUACCCUGACUCCUGCUUCUUCUGGUUCUCUUUAUUGUUAUUAUUAUUAUUAUUUUCUCUGCUAUUGUAAUAUUUUUUGUUAAUUAAAUGUUUUGGUCA